AUGGUGCACCAUUAUCAUCGUCGCCGCGGCCUCCAGGCGACCCACCACUGUGCCAUUGGGAGUCGCGUAGGCACAUGCACUUCGCUCUUCCAGGUUCUUCUGUUGCUCCUCACCCUUUGGCUGCCCGUGCUCGAUAACAGUGGCUUUGCUUUGGCGUGCGGACCCGGCAGAGGCGCCGGCCGACGGCCGAAUCUGCGGAAGCUUACUCCUCUGGUCUUCAAACAGCAUGUACCAAAUGUCAGCGAGAACACCUUACCGGCGAGCGGACUCAGCGAGGGACGGAUUACUAGAUAUGACCCCAGAUUCCGAGACCUCGUACCCAAUUAUAACACGGACAUCAUCUUUAAAGACGAGGAAGGCUCCGGUGCCGAUCGUCUCAUGACACAGAGGUGCAAGGAGAAACUUAACACUUUGGCGAUCUCGGUGAUGAACCAGUGGCCCGGAGUGAAACUGCGAGUUGUCGAGGGUUGGGACGAGGAAGGCAUGCACGCGACAGAUUCCUUGCACUACGAAGGACGUGCCGUCGAUGUCACGACGAGCGAUCGCGAUCGCUCCAAGUACGGGAUGCUGGCGAGACUCGCGGUUGAGGCUGGUUUCGACUGGGUCUACUAUGAGUCCAGGUCGCACAUACAUUGCUCUGUCAAGUCUGAAUCGUCUUCAGCGGGUAAGUCCGGUGGUUGCUUCCCCGGGAGGAGUCUGGUCCGAACGGAGGACGGUAGUAUGAAGAGGUUGGACGAUGUGCGCCUCGGCGACCGUAUCGCCGCUGUGGACUCUCGUGGCGAUGUGGUGUACAGCGAGGUGAUCGCUUUCUUGGAUCGUUCUCCGUCCGAAAGGAGGCAGUUCAUCCGAUUGACGACCAAGUCUGGUCGAGUGCUCACGUUAACGCCAGCGCACUUGGUGCCGGUGGAGGGUGGGUCGUCGGUGUUUGCCGCCAACGUGCAACCCGGCGACAGGAUCCUCGUGAGCGAUACCGAUGCAGCGAACGCGGUGAACGAAGUGGACAGUCGUUUGCGAUGGGACAGAGUCAACGAGACUAAGUUGGUCAUCGAAGAAGGAGUUUACGCUCCGCUUACGAUGGAGGGUACUCUUCUCGUAGACGACGUCGUCGCGUCUUGCUAUGCUGUCGUCAACAGUCAGUCUUUAGCACAUUACUCCUUCCUGCCGCUAAGAUUUUGGCACAGCGCGACAUCUUUUUUCCUACAAAGGCUGAACGAUGCAAAACACUUUGUGGCAAGACAUAACUAUGUGUCCAGAACAGAGUCGACGAUGAGAGGAGAGCAAGAAGGCAUCCAUUGGUACGCAUCGAUGCUUUAUUCGCUGUCCUUGUACGUACUGCCAUCGAAAAUGAUCUACAAUUGAGAUACGACAGGAACAAAAGAACUCGUACAAAAUGUCGAGUGAAUCCUCAAGGACAAACUUAAGUGUU